UGAUCUUGCAUCCCGCGCAGUAGGAAGAAGGCGUCGUCGUCAGUCAGUUCCUCGAUCCGUCGAUCAGUAGAUCGCGAGGCGUCGCUUCGAACGUACGAAUUUCCACAUCAAUCUCGGAAGCCCGGGGCUUGAGAAUAUUUAUUCAGACAAGCGUCAAGCGCCAGUUUGAGUGAAGUUUUGCAAACGGUAUAGAUUUUUCUUUUCUUAAGUUUGAAGGGUUUGUGUUUAAAGGGUGGGAUUAAGUGAGAAGGAAAAUAAACAAAUUAAAUUGAAGAGAAGUGAUCUAUGUUGUGCCUUCUGUCUGGGGCAGAUCGGUCGGAAGAACAACUGACUUAAGUUGGAAAUCAACCAAGUCAAAUGCAUACUGGAGGGCCCUGGCUAAGUGUGAACUUGGGCGACCUUUGUCGAUGCUAAUUGGAGAAGUUGCAGCAGUGCAGAGCUGAGUGCGCAGUGCGAUAAGUCUAAAACGCUGGAAAAUUCCUUUAUUGUUUUAUUUAACAAAUUUUAAAAUAUGACCUCAAAAACCUUUAUGUAAAAUUUGAUACAAAAAAAUAAAUCCUGCGGAAAACUUUCGACAAAACUGAAUAAUAUUUUGAAAAAAUCAAGAAGCAACUAUUAUUGUCGAAAUCUACAUCAAUUCCUCUAAUUUAUUUGGAUUACUGACCAAAAAAUCAAACUGUGAUAACCCUGUGUGAGAAAAAAUAGCCUUUUUCUCGUGCCAUAUGCCUAAAUGUCGUAACGGAGAAUACAAAUCAACACAAAUCAAGUCCAAAAUGACAACCUCGCUAAAAUUAACGGUGCCUAAAUUUUCGCCAUGGAAACUGCUGCUGCUGAUGGCCACAUUCUUGGAACCGGUCAUUUUUGUCGGAGGUGUUGAUUUUAUCGAUUUCGCGGAAUACGAUAAGUUUCCGAAAAUUUUCGUCUACGAUCAGUUCGAGGAGUGCCAGCAGCUGUACAAGGCGGAUUACGUGUACUGUGUAGUGCAUGCCCGGAUACAGCCGGAUGCUCAGUCGCAGCUGUGGCAGAAUAUUAGUAUUUUUUCCCGGGACCCAAGCCAUUACGACCACUCGCUGUUAGAAUAUGGCGUUUGCAUACAGAACUGCGAGAACCGGUUACGCAGCCUGGGUCGACUUUCGGAGAACCAAACCCGUCAACACACAUCGGAACAUUACGCUGCAGUGGCCCGGGAAUGCAUCAACCUGCAGCUGAAGUCUCAAUAUCAGCUGGAAGUGGAACGGCAGGUUCAACUCUACCAUUGCUACAGUGAACAAUCCGAUAAUCCACCAGUAGACGCCCUGGAGGUUCUUUUCGCCCUUUUGUUGGUGAUCCUUUUUGUGGCCGUGACAAUUUCCACCUGGUACGAUAUGUCGCUCUGUUCCAGGUUGGGCUUUUCGGAGAAGCAUUUCUCGCAAGCCCCGAAGAGCAAACGGGAACGGGUGCUGGUUUCGUUUUCAUUUCCAAGAAAUUUGAAACGGUUGACCGAGUCGGCCGAUGGACAAAUUCGUCAGGACCUGCAGUUUCUGGAAGCUUUCCGAUUUUUCCAAAUGUUCCGGGUCAUCAUGCUGCACGUUUUCAUCGCCCACAGCAAAGCUCCGCAAGCAAAUACCAACUACGUCGAGUUCACCCAGCAUGUACCAUUCAUGAUUUUCUACAUUGCCGAGUUCCAGAACUACAUCCAGACGUUCCUGUCGAUAUCCGGGAUGCUGAUGACGAUAAACUUCCUGGAACACGUAAGGAAAAAUCCCGACUACGAUGGGUCGGUAUUUUGGGACAAGCUCAAAACGCGACUCAGCCGAUUGCUGCCGGCGUAUUUCUUCGUCGUGUUUAUGGAAGCUUCCGUAGCCCGGCGCUUCAUGGUGGGACCCAUUGGACAUCACUUCGUCGGCGAGGGACAGCAAAACUGCCGCGACUGGUGGUGGGCCAAUCUGCUCUUCAUCAAUAACUAUAUCCGGACGGAUUCGCCGUGUUUGAUCCCGAUGUGGUACAUGGCCGUCGACAUACAGCUGUUCAUUUUUGGCAUGCUGGCCAUGCUGAUGAUUUGGAAGUGGCCCCGAACGAAGGUGCCAUUUUUUGUGCUCGCCUUCGCUUGCGCUGCAAUUAUCCCGACUUUCACCAGCUACUUCAAGCGUCUGGCUCCGGUAAUGGAAAGCAACAUGAAGAUCGCCAAUCGAUACAAUCGGGCCAACGAUUAUCAGCUCAAAGACACAUCUAUUUCCCGUUCCAUCAAAAUAUUGGCGUCUACAGCUUUGGGAUGCUGGCCGGCUUCAUCUAUCAUCGGCAUCGUGAUUCGAAAAAAGAAAUUUUGCGCUCGCCCCUCUUCCGGAUCCUGUUCAUGGCUGCAACGGCUUUGUACGGUUUUUGCAUGAUCUCCGCAUAUUGGGCAGUGAUCCACAAAAACGAUCUCAACCGGAUAGCGUCGGCCGUUUACUCGACGCUCUUCAAACAAUCGUGGGCCAUCGAAACGACGCUCAUCCAGCUGGCACUGGCACUUUGCUCGACGCACUACU